AUGUGUGAAUCUCAACCAGACGCGUGCAAGCACCUAUGCCUGCUUUUAGAAGCCACUGGCGCACACGCCUUGAUUAUGCGCGCAAGGCCUGCACAGGGCCCGGCACGCCGCACCAUCCAGAUAUCAUUUUCGGUCCAAAUCGCAUCCGAAAUUCCGCAUACACCACUUCAAGUCUCUCUCAACAUCAACAUCAUCAAAGUAAAGACAAUCAAACCGACCAAGAUGAUCACUUCGAUACUUUCAAAACCACUGAGACGAUCAGCUCGUCUCGAUUCCUUAACUCAUAGCACACGAUCUGCUUCCGGUAGUCCUCAUUACAAUCAACCUUCAGGUUGGCUUUUUGGAGAAAAACCAUUGAAGCCUGGAGAAAAACGAGUUAGAGAAGAUUGGGAAUUAACCUGGUAUAUUGGAUUUUGGGGUACCACUGCAUUAGGUAUUCUUAUGCAUAUUUACAAACCAGAUAGAUCGAUUACUACUUGGGCUCGACAAGAAGCGGAGAAGAGAUCUGAGGCACCAACUUAUGAAAAGUCAUGA